AUGUUGUCCUCAGAGGAGAAGACCUUAGCCCUCAUGUUGUCCUCAGAGGAGAAGACCUUAGCCCUCAUGUUGUCCUCAGAGGAGAAGACCUUAGCCCUCAUGUUGUCCUCAGAGGAGAAGACCUUAACCCUCAUGUUGUCCUCAGAGGAGAAGACAUUAACCCUCAUGUUGUCCUCAGAGGAGAAGACCUUAGCCCUCAUGUGUGUCGUUACCAACGACGGGCGGAGCUCCGACCUGCAGGUGUGGACCGUCGGGGGGGACGACACCGACGUGAUCAGACGGACAGGAAGCGUGAAGGGGAGGAGGAGCGCUUCGGACGGAGGAAGCAGGAUCGCGGCUCGACCCUCGUCACGGGUCCUCCACGGCGCUCGGAGCGGCGACGUCACGCUGACGCAGCUCGCCUCGGGACAGAGUCUGUACACGCUCGAGACGGACUCGGCGGACCCGCUGAGUUCUUUACAGUUCGUGAGCGACGCCGUCUUCCUCGCCGGCUGUCGUAACGGAGACGUCUACAUCGCCGACACCCGGACGCCUGCUGCUCCUCAGGUCUCCCCUGGACCGGCGUCUCGGGGGGACUCCGUCCUCUGGUGGACGGACGCCUUAGGAGACAGGGUCGUCAGGCUCUCCUCAUCUGGACGGGCGGUGAUUUCAGACCUGAGGGACCUGGGAGAAGCUGUGAGCCGGGCUCAGCUGGACGUCCAAUCGCAUCGCUGCAACCUGGAUGAUGUCAGAGUGUCGUGGGCUCCGGCGCUGGACGGGUGCAUCGCCGUGUCGGGUGAGUUAACGAGACACAGACAGACGGGGACAGGAAGAGAGAGUUAG